AUGCAUCCCUUUCCGAAUUAUUAACCCAAGCUAUCCUUCUAUAUAAUCAAUGAAAUACUCAGACUUUUUAUAGCCAUCCAAUUUGUGUUGGUAUUUUUUAGGGUUUUUCUAAGAAAUUAAGAGACCUUUUUUUUGUCUGAUUGUUUUAAUGGUUGUAUGAUGAUACUUACUUAUUAUCAAAAAGUAUUGAACUAAAGUAAAUUAUUAGAACUAUUGCCUUGCAUUAGUAACAAUGUUUUAUGACUUCUCUUUGAUAUAUUUGAAUGUUAUAUUCUUUUUGUGGUUUGUUUAAUAUCAUCUGCCCUUUUUCAUAGAUGAGAACAGGAACUUCACUCUGAUGUUGGUAUAAUUAUAAAUCAACCUUAGAUUUUCUCUACUGUGCUCUAUGUUUGUGAAUCGAUAAUGUUAUUUCAAGCAUAUAAAGAGUAUAAAGGAAUAAUUUAUGAUAUUAAUCAGGCCUAGUUAGAACAAAUUGAAUAAGAAGAGUAACCAAAUCUAGACUUUGAGAUUCCGUCUUCAAUAUAAGAGUAAUCUUUCUAUCUAAUUAGAAAUAAUUAAUUAUAAGAAGAAUAAAGAAUUGGAAGUUAAUAGAUUAUAGGAUAUUUUGGAGUUGGCUAACCAAUUUAAGAAAGAACAAAUAACUAAAGAUAAGAAUAGAUUUAAUAAUAAUAGGGAUGA